CUGCUCUGUGUGGGGAUGGAUCAGGGCUGGUCUGUGACCUGCAGGGGAUCGUCGGGUCCAGCUGAGGUGCCCACUGCUGCUGUGUCAACCUCUAAAGACUCAACGUUGUCUGAGGAAGAAGCCCGGAAGAGGAGGAAGAGGAAAGAAAAGGAGGCAGGAAUGGCUCUUUCUCAGGAACAGUUGACCUUCAAGGAUGUGGCCAUAGAAUUCUCUCAGGAAGAGUGGGAAUGCCUGGACCCUGGUCAGAGGGCCUUGUACAGAGACGUGAUGGUGGAGACCUACAGGAACCUGCUCUCCCUGGAUAUCUGUCAUAUAUAUGUGAUGAAGAAAUUACAACCUAGAGUGAACAGUGAUGGAGGAGAAGUAUUCCAAACAGUGAUGUUGGAAACACGUGAAAGCCGUGAAAUAAGAGAUUUUUACUUCAAGGAAAUCCAGGAAAAUAUGCAUGACUUUGAGUAUCAGUGGAGAGAUGAUGAAAGAAAUGGCAAAGGAAUGCCUAUAACCUGUAAAGAAAAUCUCACUUAUAAAAGAAAUCAACCUUGGAAAAGGGAUGCAGGAAACAAGCCUGUUGAAAAUAGGCUUGGAUCAAGCUUUCGAGAUAAACUGCUGAUAUAUCAAGCUGAAGGGAAAAUUUAUGAAUGUAAUCAAGCUGUGAAGUCUACCAACAGUAGAGGCUCAUUUUCAGUACUUGAAAGAAUUCCUCCUAGUGUCCAGGCCAACAUUUCUAAUAUAUAUGGGAAUGAUCUUAUCCAUCUUUCAGUACUGACACAGGAACAGAAAGCAUACAAGGGAAAACCUUACAAAUGUGGUCAGUUUGGCAAAAUGUUUCGUCAGGGCUCAUACCUCACUAGACAUCAGAUAAUCCACACAGGAGAGAAAUCAUACAAAUGUGAUAUAUGUGGCAAAGUCUUUAGUCGAAGUUCACACCUUGCAAGUCAUCGGAAAAUUCAUACUGGAGAGAAGCCUUACAAAUGUAAUGAGUGUGGCAAGCUCUUUAGUCAAAAAGCACACCUUGGAAAUCAUCAGCGAAUUCAUAGUGGAGAGAAACCUUACAAAUGUAAUGAGUGUGGCAGAGCCUUUACCCUUCGCUCAAAUCUCAUCAGACAUCAGAAAAUUCAUACAGGAAAGAAAUUAUAUAGAUGUGAUAUAUGUGGCAAAGUCUUUAGUCGAAAUUCACACUUUGCAAGUCAUCAGAGACUUCAUACUGGAGAGAAACCUUACAAAUGCAGUGAGUGUGGCAAGGUCUUUAGUCAAAAGUCACAUCUUACAAGACAUCAGAGAAUUCAUAGUGGAGAGAAACCUUACAAAUGUAAUGAGUGUGGCAAAACCUUUAAUUUUCGCUCAAACCUCAUUAAACAUCAGAAAAUUCAUAUAGGAAAGAAAUUAUAUAAAUGUGAUAUAUGUGGCAAAGUCUUUAUUAGAAAUUCACACUUUGCAAGUCAUCAGACACUUCAUACUGGAGAGAAACCUUACAAAUGCAAUGAGUGUGGCAAGGUCUUUAGUCAAAAUUCACAUCUUACAAGACAUCAGAGAAUUCAUAGUGGAGAGAAACCUUACACGUGUAAUGAGUGUGGUAAAGCUUUUAGCCAAAGUUCAAGCCUGGUUGACCAUCGGAAAAGUCAUUCUGGAGAGAAACCAUAUAAGUGUUUUGAAUGUGGCAAGGCCUUUAAGCAAUGGUAUUACAUCAAGAUUCACCGAAGAAUUCACACUGGAGAGAAACCAUACAAAUGUGAUGUGUGUGGCAAGGCCUUUAUUGCUCUUUCAAGCCUAACUAAUCAUCAGGUAAUCCAUACUGGAGAGAGACCUUACCAAUGUAAUGAAUGUGGGAAGGCAUUUAGGCAACAGUCUGAAAUCAGGAUUCACCAAAGAAUUAUGAUGCAGAGAACCCUUUCAAGUGUAAUGAAUGUGGGAAAGCCUUUACUCAGCGUUCAACUCUCACUACACAUCAGAUAAUCCAUAAAAGAGAGAAACCAUAUAAAUGUGAUGUAUGUGGAAAGGUCUUUAGUCAAAAAUCACACUUUAAAAUCCACCAGAGAAUUCAUUCUGGGCAGAAGCCAUACAAGUGUCAUGAGUGUGACAA